AUGACGGAAGGAUUCAAAUCAAAGGAAAUUAUUUUACAAGCUCAAAAAAAAUUCUUGGGCAAAGUAACCAAUAAAAAUGUUAUAAAAUUAUUUAUUCACGAACGCAAUGCUAACAUUUUGGAUAAUUUGUACCGACUUGCGAAAAUUUACACUGGAAACAAGAAAGAAUCCGAGAAGUUGACGAAAAAUAUAAUCAAAAUAAUCGUUAAAUUAAGUAUUUUAUAUAGAAAUGAUCAAUUUGACAGUAAUGAAUUGGAAUUAGCAAAUAAUUUUAAAGAUAAAUUUAGAGAAUUAACUAUGAUUGCAGUAAGUUUUUAUGAAAUAGAAUUCAGUUAUGACAAAAAUUAUCUAAUAAAUUAUUUAUUUAAGUGUAGAGAAAUACUAAAAGAACUAACCAAAAGACAUCUCACAGAUAAAACACUGUCCAGGGUAGACAAAAUUUUUGAUUUUUUUUCAAAUUCUGUAUUUUUAGAUUCAAUUUUUAUUAAUCCUGCAGUUUCCGAAUUAACCGAAACCGUGCAAAUCUUAAUUAACGAUUUAAAGGAAUUGUUGGACAAAGACUUAUAG